UGCCUGCUGCCUGCUGGGCGGACCUGCAUGUAUGUGGGCCGAACCGAGCCGUGCAGUUCCGUGUAGUGCGCGCUUAAGGCAGAGCGCGAGCGAGGAGCGGCGGUGUCAUCACACGCGGACAUCCGGGCACGGAAAGUGUGACGGAGAGUGGCGUUGAGUUGGAGGUCAAAGGUGAAAGUAGAAAAAGGGUUCAUCGCAGCCAUGAACGACAUGUCGGGGUCGUGCGCUGACCUCUGACCCCUCAUGGGGCGGGUCAGGGAGGUCAACGAGCCGUCGGGACAGUCUGGGAAUCUGUGGAAUCCGAGCCAGGGUAGACUGGGAUAUUUCACGUGACCAGCAGCGUGCGGAACAUGGAGCAGGACUUCACACAGUCGACCUCUGACCUCUGAUAAGUCACUAAAUCACAACAACAAGAAACCGGCAGGUGAGCUUUGCAAGAUGGCCGCCGCAGGAAGGACGCACCUGGUGAGAGACUUUAACCGUUUCAUCACGUGUUGGCUGUGUCGAGGUUACCUCAUCAAACCCACUACCGUCACUGAGUGCCUGCACACCUUCUGUAAGAGUUGUAUCGUGCAGCACUUUGAGGAGAGCAACGACUGUCCCAAAUGUGGCAUUCAGGUGCACGAGACAAACCCCCUGGACAUGCUCAGGUUGGACAACACUUUGGAGGAAAUCAUUUUCAAGCUGGUUCCAGGACUGCGAGAGCAGGAGGAAGAGCAGGAACUGGAGUUCUGGAGGACGAGUCAGCGCAAUGAAAACCUCCAAGCUGAUAGCUUUGUAAGGGUGGGGCUUCCUGGCGGUGAUGGUGGGGACGGCGGGGAUGACGACUACCACAGGAGUGACCCUCAGAUUGCCAUCUGUCUGGACUGCCUCCGCAACACCGCCCAGGCCGGCGAGAGCACCGUCACGGUGCGUUACGUAGCGACUCGUUACAUAACGGCACAUGUGUGGGUUUUGAUGUUUGACGUCACCGUGUCAUGUGUUUUGUCCUCACCCAAUCAGGAUCUGAUGAAGAGAUUCAUUCGCUGCUCCAGUCGCGUCACCGUGGGAACCAUCAAGAAGUUCCUCAGCCUCAAACUCAAACUGCCCAGCUCCUACGAGCUGGACGUGUUGUGUAACGGCGAGAUCAUGGGCCGCGAUCACACGCUGGAGUUCAUCUACAUGACGCGGUGGAGGCUGCACGCCGACAACACGUAUCCCAUGGUCCUUGAGUACAGACCACGCAUCGACUUUGGCUGAACACACACACACACACACACACACACACACACACACUCGCACACAGGGUGUUCCGAUGAAGACAAUAUUUUUGUAGAGUGAGCGUUAACAUGUUUAAGAGUUUUUAUGCCACAUAGAAUAAUAAUAAUAAUAAUAUAUGAAGACAUGUGCUUGUCUAACCUGACAUUAAAUGUUUUUACCGUC